AUGACGGACCAUCACUCUCCGCGCCCCAAGACCAUGCGAGCCGUGUUUUGGGAAGGUAAGCCUUUUGAUGUGACUGUGAAGGUCGACAUCCCGCUGCCGCGCAUCAAGGCUCCCGAAGACGCUAUCGUCCGCAUCACUACUUCGACCAUCUGCGGCUCAGACUUACAUAUUUACCACGGCGUCCUAUCCAGCACAGAGGUUCCUUAUCCCAUCGGCCACGAAGCCAUAGGCAUUGUCGAAGAGAUAGGCAACGCUGUCGAUAACCUUCAGGUGGGCGAUCGUGUGGUUAUCUGGGCCGAGAGCCAGGAUGGCGAUAUCAACACCGACAACCGUAUCUCGGCGGAUUUUACCGCGUUCGGUUUUGGAAAGGACUUUGGUGACCUCGGGGGGCUCCAGGCCGAGUAUGUCCGCGUACCCUUCGCAGACAACACCCUCAUCAAGAUCCCCAAGAAGCUGGCCGACAAGGAGUGGCUCUUCCUCAGCGACAUCUUCACCACCGCGUGGGAGGGCCUCAACUGGUCGGGUUUUCAGCCUGGCGACUCUGUCGCCGUCUUUGGUGCAGGGCCGGUCGGCCUCCUAUGCGCUUACAGUGCCAUCAUCCGUGGCGCCAGCGUCGUCUACUCCAUCGACCACAUCCCCCAGCGCCUCGCUAAAGCUGCCAGCAUCGGCGCCGUGCCCAUCAACUUCACAAAGGGCGGCUCCGCGUCGGAGCAGAUUCUGGCCCUCCAGCCAGGAGGCGUCAACCGCUGCGUUGACUGCUGCGGGGAGGAGUGCAUCAACACGGAGCUGAAGCCUCAACAGGACUUCAUCAUCCGCGAGGCCAUCGCCAUCACCUCCGCCGGCGGAGGUAUCGGCGUCCCGGGCGUCUACUGGGCGCAGCAAAAGAGCGCCGGUGCGCCGAACGCUGACAAGAUAAAGAGGAACAUCAGCUUCCCCAUCUCAGACUUCUGGACCAAGAGCCUCGCGAUACGGGCCGGCAUCGUGGAUGGCAGAAACACGUUUGCUCCGCUGGUGAAAUUAAUUGAGAGCGGACAAGCCAGGCCGGGCUUCAUCGUGACGGCCGAGUUUGACCUCAAGGACGCGCCCAAGGCUUACAAGAGGUUCGACGAGAAGCAUGAAGUCAAAGUCCUCUUCCGCGGGGCCGGCAGAGAGGGCAGGGAUGACUACGACUGGAACGAGUGGAAGGAACACGGGGAGGCGGACCAGGAACGGGCCGUCGAGCAGUAG